AUGUACCCCGAUGCUAAUAUCUGGCUUGUCGGUCACUCACUUGGUGGAUCCGUUUCUUCACUGCUCGGUCAGACAUAUGGACUUCCGGUGGUUACAUUUGAGGCGGUUGGCGAAGCCUUACCGGCUAAACGAAUCGGGUUGCCGAAGCCCCCGAAGGAUAGCGCACGGCAUGCCAAUGGUGUGGCUGUUUUUCACUUUGGGAAUUCCGCGGAUCCGAUAUACAUGGGAGCGUGUAACGGGCCGAUGGCUGGAUGCUCGAUCGCUGGGUAUGCUUUGGAGACUCGAUACCAUGGUGGAUUCGAGUGUGUGUACGAUGUCGUCACUGACCACGGUUCGAGGAUGGGUCUUGGGUAUCACAAAUCCAAACCGUGA